AUGCCUUUUGCCAAUCAACCAACGAUUACAACUACGUCUUUGACGGACGAUGAGAUCAAAUUUACUAUCGAAGACACAGACCUGAGCGUGGCCAAUUCUCUCCGAAGGGUUUUCAUUGCUGAAGUCCCAACGAUCGGUAAGUGUUUUAGUUAGAGUGGUAACUUUAGUAUUUAUAGCCAUUGACUGGGUACAGAUCGAGACAAACACAAGUGUGCUGCACGAUGAGUUUAUCUCCCACAGAAUGGGGUUGAUUCCGCUACGCUCGAACGAUGUGGUAGAUAAAAUGUCGUUUGCCAGAGUAAGUUUGUCUUUAUUAUUUCUCAUUGUGAAUUUUAGGACUGUGCGUGUGCAGAAUUUUGUAGCGAUUGUACUGUGGAGUUUUCUUUGGAUGUUAGUUGUGUAAACGAAGCUACCAGAGCUGUCACAUCUGACGACUUGUCUUCGUCUAGUAACGAAGUUGUUCCUGCUUGCGGAAAACAUACAUCUGCAUCUAUGGACGACGUUAAUGAUGCCGAAAUCUUGAUUGUCAAACUCAGGAAAGGACAAUCUUUAAAGAUGAAAUGUUUUGCACGAAAGGUGAGCGCUCAUGAGCUAAAUUAUAAGGUUUUAACGAAAUUUGAAGGUUGAUUUGGCCUUGGGGGAGAGGGCAAAAAGAUUGACACAGAUAGACGGCAUUCAUAUACAAUUUUUUUACAGGGAUUCGCCAAAGAACACGCCAAAUGGAAUCCGACGUGCGGAGUUGCGUUUGAAUACGAUCCAGACAACUCGUUGCGACACACAGUCUUCGCUAAACCUGAAGAGUGGCCCAAGAGUGAUUACAGCGAACUUCCACCAGAUCAGUAUCAAGCUCCGUUCGACCCAAAAGGAAAGCCUAACAAAUUUUGGUUCGGAAUUCAAUCAGCAGGCCAGCUCAAAGCUGAGAACAUUGUUUUGUCUGGUAUACAAGCAUUGAAGAUGAAGUUGAAAGACAUGGAAGCUCAGCUAGAGAGGCAUGAAAACGGAAUGAGGGACGAUUAUUAA